UAUCCGAGAAUCUUCAUGCAAAAUUGUUGACAUUGACAACAUCACCUGUUUCGUACCCUUUUGUACCUCUAUGAUAUAGGCGCGUGUUGGUUAACCCUUCUCUCCUUCGCCCAUCCCUUCGACAUGUUUUUUCGCAAACUGUCCAGAGCAAUCAGUUUCAAACCCAAAGUUUCCACUCGAGCCGGCCGUAGUGCGAGGCCAUGUCAUCUAAAGGUUGCCGUAGGGCAGUUGUUCGAGGGCAGAUACACCAUAAUGGGCAAGCUGGGACAGGGAAGUUAUGCGACAGUUUGGCUAGCGCGGGACGACGCCGCCAAAACAGAGUCCACGAAACAGGUCGCGAUAAAAAUCCUCACCGCAGAAUGCACUACAGGACCAGAAUCGCUGGACGAGCUGGGAAGUUUCUUGUCCGCUCGCUCCCACGGCACUUCUGGUGAUGGAAACGAACGUGUCGUCAAACUCUUGGGUUACUUCCACUAUCGCGGGCACGCUUGCUUAGUCUUGGAACUGCUAGGGGAGAGUGUCGAUGAUAUUAGGGGAAUAAUAGGGUCGCGGCGCCUGCCUGCACAGGUUGUGAAGAAGCUCUGCAGAGAUAUGCUGCUCGCACUAGAAUACCUUCAUAGCUCUGGGGUUAUACACACAGAUAUCCACCCUUCCAAUAUUCUACUCGCAAGACCACUUUCACGACCAACUCCACCCAAGGACGAACUGGAAAAGGUCCUCAUCGAACGUGCUUCUCACGUAGCAGAGCCCAUGUUCAAGCUAGCCGACCUUGGGCACGCCGUGCCUACUGAGACCGUCCACCAUGGUUUGAUCCAACCGACUGAGUUACGGGCUCCGGAGGUCAUUAUUGGAGCCUCAUGGGACGAGAAGGUGGACAUAUGGAAUAUGGGAUGUUUAGCCUACGAAUUCGUUACCGGCGGACGCCUAUUCAACCCUGAUUACCAGACCGAGGAGCGAGGUAUCGAACCGGCGGAGACGCAUCUAGUGCAGAUCAUUGAACAGAUCGGGGACUUUGACGACGACCUUUUAAGACGCGGCAUUUAUGGAGAGAAGUAUUUUGAUUUUGCGGGCGACUUGAGGUGCAGCGUGUCGCUGUGCCGGACCACAAUGGAGGAGAUCAUGGUCAGGGUGCAGAAAAAGUUGGGUGUCAUGGAUCUGGCAGAGCUCACAGUAUUUUGUGAUUUUCUGCGGACGAUGCUGAGGAUCAGACCUGAGGAGAGGUGGCCACCAUCAUUGAUUCUCGAGCAUCACUGGCUUGAAGUAGACUGAUUUGGUACGCCAACUGGGCAUAAGACCCAUUAUACUCUUCCCGUUGUACGAGAAAGGGUUUUAUGAGCUUCAUUUUUAGCGGUAUGAUUCAUACGGUCAUCUGCUUAUGCCAAUGCGCAAGCUUUGUGUCGCUCUAGACUUUCCGAGAUCAUUCCCUCCCUGUGUUUUGGCUGUCUGUCACGAAGACCAUCAUCCCCCGAAACGUGAACCGUUGUGUUGUUAAGUAUCGGGCAACAAUAUAUGAUGCACUCGAUAAGUACAGUGGUGGUACUGGUUGAGUCCAACCAAGUCAAACCUAUGGGGGGUCAAGUCGUGAGAGUAUCCGUGCCGGAC